UCUUCUACUCCCCUCCUCCUCCCUCUCUCCUUUUGGCGGGAAGUGGACCCCGCCAAUCAAAUCUCCUCCUUCCUCCGGUCUCUUUCUCAUAAAUACCCGCAGCACCACCUCACCCACACCUCCAACAACCCUCUCUCUCCUCUCUCUCUCUCCCUCUAAAACAACAAUAUGAACUUCAAUUAAACCCACAAAUCUCCAUCUCCUCCCAUUUCUCCGCCCAAAUUAUGGAACCUUCCAUGUUCUCCGCCCUCAUCUUCCUCCUCUUCCUCGUCGACACCACACUCUCGCUCACCCCCGACGGCCUUUCCCUCCUCUCGCUCAAAUCCGCCGUCGACCAGUCCUCCGACGGCUCCGCCUUCUCCGACUGGCUCGACACCGACCCCACCCCCUGCCGCUGGACCGGCAUUUCCUGCAUGAACAUCACCGGCUUUUCCGACCCCCGCGUUGUUGGAAUCACUCUCUCCGGCAAGAACCUCCGCGGAUACAUUCCCUCCGAGCUUGGAACAUUAGUAUACCUUCGCCGCCUCAACCUCCAUAGCAACAACUUCCGUGGCUCAAUCCCUUCCCAACUCUUCAACGCCACCUCACUCCACAGCCUCUUCCUCUACGGUAACAACCUCUCUGGUCCUCUCCCGCCGUCGAUAUGCAACCCCCCGCGCCUCCAGAACAUCGACCUCUCCAACAACUCCCUCUCCGGUCCGCUCCAGAAGGACUACUUGAAGAACUGCCGCCAAUUGCAGCGGCUGAUCCUCGCGAGAAACCGAUUCGAAGGCGAAAUUCCGGCGGGAAUUUGGUCAGACAUGGAGAAUCUAAUCCAAUUGGACCUCUCCUCCAACGAGUUAACCGGAUCGGUGCCGGACGAUUUCGGCAAGUUGAAGUCUCUCUCCGGCACGCUCAACUUAUCGUUCAAUCACUUAUCGGGAAAGAUUCCGAAAUCCCUCGGCGAAUUGCCUGUCACGGUGAGCUUUGAUCUCCGAAACAAUAAUUUCAGCGGCGAGAUUCCUCAAACGGGUUCGUUUUCGAACCAGGGUCCCACCGCGUUUCUGAACAAUCCUCUGCUCUGCGGGUUUCCGCUUCAGAAAGCUUGUAAAAACCCGGGGCAGAGCUCCGCGGAUAGUCCGAAUUCGGGACCGGGUUCGGAAAAAAGUCCGGGAAAGGGAUUGAGUCCGGGUCUGAUUGUCCUAAUCUCGGUGGCGGACGCCGCCGGAGUGGCGUUUAUCGGAUUAGUCGUCGUUUACAUUUACUGGAAAAAGAAGGACGACGAGGAUGGAUGCAGUUGUACCGGAAAGAGCAAUUUUGGCAGCAACGAGAAGCGCCACCUCUGUAAUCUCUGCCAGCUCUGUUCUUGCGCUUGCAUCAAUGGCGGGUUCGGGAACGAGGAUUCGGAUUCCGGCGACCCGGAAAAGGGAGAGAGGGGGAAAGGGGAGGGGGAUCUCGUUGCGAUCGACAAGGGUUUCACGUUCGAGCUCGACGAGCUGUUGAGAGCAUCGGCUUACGUGCUGGGGAAGAGCGGGUUGGGGAUUGUGUACAAAGUGGUGCUCGGGAAUGGAAUCCCGGUGGCGGUGAGGAGGUUGGGGGAGGGCGGCGAUCAGCGGUAUAAGGAGUUCGCGGCGGAGAUUCAGGCGAUCGGGCGGGUGAAGCAUCCGAAUGUGGUGAAGCUGAGGGCGUACUAUUGGGCGGCCGACGAGAAGCUUCUCAUCAGUGACUUCAUUUCUAACGGUAACUUGGCCUCUGCACUCCGCGGGAGAAACGGUCAGUCAUCAUCAAGCCUCUCGUGGACAACGAGGCUAAAGAUCGCCAAGGGAACAGCCCGAGGCCUCGCCUACCUGCACGAAUGCAGCCCCAGAAAGUUUGUCCACGGUGACAUUAAACCCUCCAACAUUCUUCUCGACAACGAAUCUCAAGCCUACAUUUCAGAUUUCGGACUCAACAGGCUUAUCGAAAUCACAGGAAACAACCCCUCCUCGGGUGGCUUCAUGGGCGGGGCUUUGCCUUACAUGAAACCAGUACCAACAGAGCGAUCAAACAAUUACCGUGCCCCGGAGGCCCGUGUCACGGGAAGCAAACUCACCCAAAAAUGGGACGUGUACUCAUUCGGAGUUGUGUUGCUUGAAUUGCUCACAGGGAAGUCCCCGGAGCUCUCUCCGACCACGUCAACUUCGGUCGAGGUCCCAGACCUAGUGAGGUGGGUGAGGAAAGGAUUUGAGGAUGAAAACCCUUUGUCGGAUAUGGUAGACCCUGUGUUGCUACAGGAAGUGCAUGCCAAAAAGGAGGUACUUGCAGCUUUCCAUGUAGCCCUUGCAUGCACUGAGCCGGACCCUGAGGUUAGGCCAAGGAUGAAAUCCGUCUCUGAAAAUCUUGAAAGGAUUGGAACGUGAGGAUCGAUACGUAUACACAGUUGGGAGAUAAUUUCCGCACAUCCUUUUUCAUUCCGCUGCACUCCUACCUAUUUUCUGAGCUUCUAUAUUUUUUAAUAUAAGUUAAUGGAUAAUCAAAGGACAAAAACAAGUGGAAUGCAGACGGUGAAAACAUGAGUGCGGAAAUCAUUUCUCUGAAUAUAGUCAUGAAGUUCGACGUUCACCUAAUGAAUUUGAAGAUUUAGUUUUGUCAGAUGGUGGAUUUUGAUAGGUUGUGGUAGGAUUAUUUUGAAGAAUCAAUUUGUUGAUGAAGAACCCCAUUUAUUUUUUUUUAAGUCAAGCAAAUCCCCAUAGCAUAAUUUUAUUACACAUUAUUUUGUUUUCUUUUUGUGUAAAAAUGAUAAUUAAGAAUUGGCUACAUUUUGUAAUUUGAAAUGUCUAGUUUCUGCCAA